UCCCCAUUGCGGGCUCAUCGUCCAACCGUUCGAGGUCAUUGUUUCUUCUUGCAGUUCUUGCCAGUGAUUGUACGACCGGUUGCACCAGUUAACUUUCCCUGUACGUACUACGUACUCCCGUAUUUCCCUACUACCUACACUAAGUGCCUGUAACCCUGGAACCCUGCCCGCCCGAACAACCUUGCAACCUUGCAAGCCUUUAGAGUUCCUUUUCUAUCGAAAGUCGCCCAGCUUCGAUCCCAUCCACCACACCACAAUCCCAAAUCCCAACCCACCACACAAACUUCCCAACUACGUAACUCCCUAGGGUCCAAUGUCAUUCUUUGUCAAUUGGUCCUGUUUGCUGUAGACAAGACUGUUUCAACAACCAUUAGCCAUUUGCUAUCUACCAAUUUACCGUAUAAGCAAUAUUUUUGCUGUGCGCGGAUGAAAUACUUCAGUACUCGUCUUUAACAACUACCAUCUACGACCAGAUCCAUCAUAGCCUUCGAACCCCGCAUCGUAUCUCCCUCUUCCAACAAACCCAUCGAGUCCUCCUAGUUGCGGGAUCUUGAUGGCAUAUCUCUUGUUAGCAGGAGACGCUAUUGUAUCGCGACCACGCCGAUGACUCUGGUCCUCAUUACGAGGCCAUUGUCUGAAGCUUCCCCCGCAAUAUAGCUUCUGCUGCUAAACAAGUGAGCCAUGCCAGCUGAGUCCAAUUUUCAAGAUGUCACCAGCUCCACGAUCCGGACUCGGACCAUGCCUCAGCUCAGCGGCGGAAGUGAGAAGCCACGAAGGUGGAUAAAGCGUUACCGAACCGAGACGGCCGCUAGCACGGCCAGUGUUAUGUCGACCGUCACUGCUUUCCCUCUCGAUAGUGUCAAGACUCGCAUGCAAACGUAUCCUUAUGCGGGUGCCUUGGAUUGCGUGCGAGUCACCUACAAAUCGGAGGGCAUUCGAGGCUUCUUUCGAGGUGUAACUGCUCCCCUAGCUAGUGUCACACUUGUACGAACUAUUUCCUUCUCGGUCUACCAACGCUCUAAAUACGUUUAUUCCGACUGGAUGAAACAACAUUUCGGCUUCUGCCCACUUGAACAUGUUAAUAAGAACGGCGCAUACCCGAAUCUAGGCACUAUUGCCUGCUUCGGUGCUGCCGGAGCCACCGCCGGCUCUGGCAUUACUUUUAUUGCUUGUCCUUUUGAGUUGACAAAACUAAGCGCACAAGUAUCUGUGCUCAUGGCGAACCAAAAGAACGCGGAUCCUCAGAAGCAAGCUAUUGCUCUCAGCUACCACAAUAAAGGAACUUUUAAAACUCUUGCGAACAUAGUCAAGCAUAGAGGCUUCUCCGGGAUGUAUACCGGAUUAAACUUGCAUUUGUUAAGAGAUACCCUCGGAACGGGUAUUUACUUUGCAACGUAUGAGAGCAGCAAACAGCUGUUAACGACAUUUAGUGGGAAGGAUGCCCACAAGAAUCCCGUCGCCGUACUUGCUGCCGGAGCUCUCUGCGGCAUAGUCUCGUGGGCCUUGAUAUAUCCCAUCGAUUCCGUUAAAAGUAUCUACCAACGAAACGCAUUGAUGUAUUCCAAAGGCCAGAAGGUCCCAGUCCCUAAAAUCCAAUUCUUCAGGCGAGACAUGUAUCGCGGGCUCGGCGUGUCCAUGGGACGCUCCGCAGCCGUCAACGCGGUGUUCUUUUCGGCAUUUGAAUUGAUUAAGAAACGAAUCAACGCCAUGAAGGAAGAAGAUUAGGCUCGCACUCCACUCCAGGUACCUGUGGCAGCGUGUCGGAUAACAAUUGUACAAUCUUUCGGUGCGAUAUGAAGCAUUCGAUGGGGCGUUUGGUAUGGGUUAUGGACAAGCUGGAUUGGUACGGUAACCUCAAAAGGGGUAGGCCGGUAACAUGUUUGGCAAGAACAAAUCUCGUAACCCGUUUUAGGAACUACGACAGAAACAACUUAUGAUACGGAUCAGCAGGGGCGCACAAAAUAACUCUACUAGGCGUAGGCCAAUAAAUGCACGUUAUUCAUGCCACGGCAGAAACUAAAAUGA